AUGAGCACGUCUCGCAUGGACGAACUCCGUGGGCUACUCGCCGCGAUGGGCGCCCCUAUCAGUGAAGACUCGCGCUUCAGCGGAGAGACGCUGGAGCGCAAGCUGCGUCUUGCGAUCGGGUACGCGCAGAACAUGCCAUCGUUCGCAUGCAGAAUGCCGAUCAACCCGAUUCAGCUACCUGUUUGGAACACACGAAAUGGGAUGCCUGCGCACAAGGCUUUCGCGCAUGUCAGUCUCGGAGAGGCAGCAGAGAUCGAACGUGCGGAGAUGGGAGGUGGCGACGCCAGCACCGCGUUCCCAAUGUCGCAGAACGCGUUCAUGGAUCUGCGUCAGACUCUCAUGUCGCUCACGAAGAUGUACGAAGAAGGGCGGCGCGGGACUCUCAUCCAAGAUGAGAAGCAACAGUCGAGCAUCGCCGUGCAGAUGCUGGGCUUAUAUGCCCUCGACACGGAGACGCCCCUACUAUCGCUUCUCUACGAGAUUGCCAUAUCUCCUGAGGAGAUGACGACGGGAAAGAUGGUGUCUUUCGUACAGAGCAAGCUGCGCGGCAACGAGAACGUGAUCGUCUGCACGCCUCAGGAGUUUACGCUCGUUCGCCGUCUGCUGGAUAUCAACUCGAGCAAGGUUGCGCCGGAAUACGAAGCCAGCCUUUCGCCAGACCAGCGUGACUUCCGCCGCAGCUUCAUUAUACCUGUUGGUCCUCUGGACCAGGUACAGAUAGGGAAGAUCACGCACAACACCGGUUGCGUCGUGUGCGGCUCGGAAAGUACAAAGAACUGUUCAGGGUGUAAGAUCGAGAAGUAUUGCAGCUCAGCGUGUCAAAAGGCGAAUUGGAAGGAUCACAAGGUGGCGUGUCGCGACAUGCAAGGAGGAACCUGGACGGACUUCGUCUUCACAGAUGCGCCGAGCUUCAACGGCCAGAAGCUCUACGCCGCUAUAGUAUCCUCCUCUGCCACUCCACGUAAGAUCGCGAAGACGAAGAUGCACGGAGGAGAUGGCGAGGUAGACCCACCACCGAACAAACACGGUGACAGGGCCUUCCUCAUCAAGAUACAACGCACCAAGGAUAGCCUCACGCCACAGCUGCCGCCACAACAGUCCGUCUACGAUCGCCUUCGUACAAUGAGUGGCUACCUCGAGCCGGAAAGCAACGUGUCGGCGUGGUCGGCGUUUGAGCGAGAGAUACCGCCACAGGCUGUCAACGUGAAGAUUUAUCGCUGGGCGAGGCGCAUAGGAGAUUGGGGUUUGAGCAUUUGCCUCGAUCGGCCCCCGAAAGAGAAGAUACCGUGGUGA